GCCGGAGCGGCGGGAGGGUGGGCGGCGGCGUGGACACCCGGGAGGGACCCCCGGCCGGGUGAGGGAGCUGCGACCGCCCCGACCGGCGGCUGGGAACGUGCUGCUGGCGGCUCCACCGGCCCGGCCCUGCCCAGCCCCGGCAAGUCUUUGCUUGCCAUCCCGCCGUGUCCACUGGCCACCGAGCCCCGGGGCUCCCGGCCUCUUUGCCUUUCGCGACGCGCUGCCCUCACCCCCCGUUUACAGCGGGAAUCCCCCUCCCCAGGGGCUGGGCCCCCCGCGACGCCCCUCAGGGACCCCACGCCGGUUUCAAGUCCGAGUGCGGGGAUGUGGGGAUGCGAGGCAGGGGGCUGGGCGGGUUGGGCCGCCCCGCGUCGCCACCGGUGUUGUCCCCCCCUUCAAAGCCCGGGGAGUUUCGCUCGGGCCCCGGGGAGCGUUGCUGUGGGCUUGGCGGUGGGGCGAGCGCGGCGAGUCGGCGGCGUCGCCCUGAACCCACAGCAUCGCCCCAAACCCACGGCAUCACCUCCCAACCCACGGCAUCCCCCCCAAACUACGGCAUGCCCCCGAACCCACGGCAUCCCCCCCAAACCCACGGCAACCCCUAAACGCGCAGCACCGGCGCCGACCGCCGUUCCCGACCCACCCGUCGGGACUGCCCGCGCCCGGUCGGGCCGGAGCCGGGGCCGGGGCUGAGGGCAGCGCUGCCCGCCCAGCCCCGCCGCGGGGCGAGGCACCGGCUGGGCUGGGACACGGGCAGAGCCGCCUCUGCCCAGCCUGGACCGUGACUCACGGGGACGCAUCACUCGCCGGUGCCUCAGUUUCCCUGCGGUGAAAUGGCCAACGCGUCGCCAUCGAGCCCCGCCAGGGUGGGGAGGGGGACGGGACGCUGGGGGAUUUUUUUGUCGUCAUCCCCGGAUGGAAAAAGGCCCCAGGAGUCCCCACGCGUGGCUGGGCAGGGUCAUGGGGAGGGGGUGCCCCUCCCAGUGCCCCCCAACCCAGUGCUGGUCCCUGUUCCCGGGCUGUAGAGCUGGACGGAGUGCAGGUGGUGUGACCCGGCUGUGCGCGGUCUGUCUGCGCCUCCGCCCCGCGCCGCUCGGCAAUGCUGACAGCGGUCUGCGGCUCCCUGGGGACCCAGCCCUCCGACGCACCCCGCGCCUCCCCGGCCCCCCUGGACCUGCAGCCGCUCCAGCCCUUCCAGCCCCACGGCAGCACCGCGGCGGGUGCCGCCGACUUCGCCUCCCCGCUGCCCCCCCCGGAGCUGCCGCUGGCGGGUCCCGACGCCACCUUCGCCACCCCCGGCACCUACGAGCCCCAUGGCCCCCCGCGGUUAGACCUGCCCGCCGACGGCCCCGCUGGCGCCUACACCAAGCUGCUGCCGGCCCCCCCGGACAUGGCGCAUCCCUACGAGCCUUGGUUUCGGCCCCCGCAUCCCGGCCCCCCCGGCGAAGAGGGAGGCGUCAACUGGUGGGACCUCCAUGGCGGAGCCAGCUGGAUGGAGCUGCCCCCCGGGCAGGGUGGGGGGCUGCAGGUGCCCGGGCACCCCGGGCUGCCGCCGGCCCUGGGGGGGUACGGCGGGGGGGAGCACCAGCUCUGCGCCCCCCCCGCCCACCUGCUGCCCCCCCCCACCCAGCACCUGCUGGGAGCAGAGGGGGCGAAAGCGCUGGAGGGCCCCCCCGAGCCGCGGGGGCCGGAGGCGGAGGGCGGCGGGCGGCCCAAGGGGGCCCGUCGUGCAGUUCCGCGGGGCGGGGGGCAGGCGGCGUGUCGCUGCCCCAACUGCCAGGAGGCGGAGAGGGGGGGUCCCUGCCCCGAGGGGGUGAAGCGCAAGCACCUGCACAACUGCCACAUCCCGGGCUGCGGGAAGGCGUACGCCAAGACGUCCCACCUGAAAGCCCACCUGCGCUGGCACAGCGGGGACCGGCCCUUCGUCUGCAACUGGCUGUUCUGCGGCAAGCGCUUCACCCGCUCCGACGAGCUGCAGCGGCACCUCCAGACCCACACGGGCGCCAAGAAGUUCUCCUGCCCCGUCUGCGGCCGUGUCUUCAUGCGCAGCGACCACCUGGGCAAGCACAUGAAGACGCACGACGGGGGCAAGGAUGGCGGCGAACCCGAGGGCAAGGGCGCCGGGGACCCGUCGGCCGGCAAGGGAGGCAAGAGGGAGCCCGAGGGGGGGAACGCCGCCCCCACAAACUGAGAUGCUGAGCCCCGGGGGGGGCGCGGAUGGAGGCGGGGAGGACCCUGGGCGGGGGCACCCUUCGGGGCCGGUCUCUGAAGGGUGUCGGGGUGGGGGGCACAGGGCUGGCACCUUGUGCUCAACACCUUGUGCUCAAAGUUGGGGGGGGGACACACACGCGUGCGGGGGCCGGUUGGGGAGCGCCGGAGCUGCCCCGGGGCGGUUUCACUUGUCCCGCUCCCGCUCUCCCGCCCCGGUCCUCCCCCCCCCAUCCUCCCCCGGCUUCCCAAAUCGUUUUUUUCGGGAGGCUGCUGGCAGCGGCGGGGCUGGUUGGGAGGAACAUCAAUGGGCGCCGAAGGAGCCGGCGCUGCCCAGGCACGUCCAGCCCUGGAGGGGAGGAAGGAGAGGGAGAGAGGAGAAACCCGGGAGUCUUCGCUCGGGGAGGGCGGCCGCAGCCCCCCGGUCCCCUCCUUGUGCCCCCCCCCCAAACCCUUGGCGUCCCGGGCUCAGCAACCCCCGUGACAGCCACACUUUUUCGGCACCCAUGAGGUUUUGGCACCCCCAGGGGUGCACACAGGAGCCUGGGGUUGCCCAUGACCCCCCUGCCCUGGCUGGGGAUGCUGGGCUGGUGGGGGUCCCACAUCCCCUGGCGCCCUGCUUUGGCUGCGGGUUUGGGUGCACAAACCCAUUUUUUGGCCCAAACCGAGGCUAAAUUGGGGAAAAAAAUAAACCCUUCUUGCUGGGGGGGCCGUGGGGGCCGCGGCGGGCGCGUGGUGCGGCGGCGGGCGGUUGCCCAAGCGCACACCUGCAGCUUUCCCACACCCAGCGCCGCGGCCCCGGGCGGGGGCAGACGGGGCGGCCGCGGUCCCGGGAGAGCCGGGACGGCCGCAUUCCUCUGGCCUGGCACGGCCGCGCCGCCCUGCGACCCCCGCCUGCCCCCCCGGCAUCCGCCACCGCGGGGGAUCCCCUGGGCAUGCCUGCCUCCUGGGGACCCCCUUGGGGACCGCAGCUAUCCCCCUGUGUGUGCUGCAGGUCCCUUGGGGACCCCGUAUCUCCAGGGGAUCCCAGCUGUCCCCCCUGUGCAUGCUGCCUGUCCCCCCAAAGCCCCAUAGCUGACCCUCCCCGGGAUCCUGUAUCUCCAGGGGACCUGUUGUCUCCCCGUGCAUGCUGCCUGUCCCCCCGGGGACCCCAUAGCCGUCCCUUCCCAGGUCUCUGGAUUUCCUGGGGACACCCCAGGACAUCUGCUACCAGGGACCCCGUAUCUUUCCUUCCCUGGGGCCACCCCCACUUCCCCGAGGGGACCCCAUAUCUGUCCUUCUCCCUGGCUAACAGUCCACAAAAUGCUUGUUUUUUGGACCCUUUGGGUCUUAUCCCCCCGAUUUUGAUAGAACCCCUUGGACACAGAAGGAGAUGCUGAACCUGGGACCGGGGGGGUGUUGGGGGGCAAUGGUGGGGCUGGGUGGGAUGGGGCUCACAGGCUGCUCGGGUCACCUGGGGCUCCCCCGGCUCUGCCCCCCCAGCCAGCACCAGUUCACACCAGUUGGGAAUCUGGGUAGGGGGGAGAUUUGGGGGGGGGCUGAUAUCUCAGCAUGAGACCCUCCUGGGGGCUCUGGGGGGCCCGUGCCUGGGGCUGUGGGGGCUGCCUGGGCUCAGAGCACCCCAGGGUCUGGGGGGAAGGGGUGGAGGUGAAGUCAAGUGGGGUCUGUGCCCAGAGGGCACCCCGAGACCUUUGCUUUUGAUUGUUUUAUUAUUAUUAUUAUUAAUUAUUAUUAUUAUUAAUUAUUAUUAUUAUUAUUAUUAUUUUAUUAAGGUGAAGCCAGGCUUUGCCACUCGGGCAGAGUGGGCAUCUCAGCUGUGGCCACAGGCCUUUUGGAUGGGAAGGGGGCCAGCACCCCUCGCAGGGUCCCAUCCCUGUCCCCAUCCUUGUCUCCGUCCCCAUCUUUGUCUCUGUCCCCAUUGGUGCGGGAGGGCUGAUGGCAGCCCCGUUGUGCCGUGGGGCUGGGGAUGAGCUGUGGGGCUGGAGAAACCCAGCACGAGGUGAAGUCUCACUGGGGGGGUCCGCAGGGACCUGUCCCCAGCCGCAGCACAGCCGCCACCGUCCCUCCGCAGGACUCGGGUGACCUGGGCUGCCCGCAGCUCUCGAAGGACGUCCCCGACUCCGGCAUUUGCCUUUUCCAGCACAAAAUUCCCCCUUGGUGUCCCCAGCUGGGAUGUUGUCUCCCGAGGGGACCCCAGAGCGCUCAGGACCCUCCCCAGGGUGCCACAGCAUCGCACUGGUGGCCAAAAAGAUUUUGGUAGCCCAGUCCGGCUCUGGCAGCAAUCGGGGGCUCUGGUGCGUUGGGGUCCCCUGUGCUGCAGCCUCCGGGUCAGGUUUAGGGGGGUCCCACCGGGGGGAUACCCCAAAGGUGGGCUGGCGGGGGAAACACUGAGCAAAGGGUGCCAUGGUGAUACCGGGGCCGGGGGCUCAGCCUCACCGAGCUGUCCCCCGCCCCUCUCAGCACUGGGGGGCUGCGAGGAGAGGCCGCAGGUGUGCUCUGCCCCCGCACCCCCGGGGGCCCUGCCUGCCGCGAUGGGGCAACGGAGGCUGUAAAACCGGGUGGGGAAGGACGGAGCCCGGCUCCCACCCGCCGAAACCAGUCCAGCCUGCUGCGGCGUGGGGAUCCCGGCCCCGCGCCCCGAACCGCCGCGGCUCCCACCCCCGAGCCGCCCCCCCGGGGCAGGGAGGAACCGGCCCGGCCGGGGGCCCCGGGUGUCCCCCACACCGAGACACGACGGGGGCGGCUGCGGGGGGUGAAGGGGAGCGGGGGAACCCCGGGAGCGGGGUGGCCCCGGGGGUGCUGCGGCUGGGGGCGAGGGCUGUCGUCCCCACCCCCGGCGAGGGGAGCGUUUGUGCUGUGAAGAGGCUGCAGGGCUGUGUGUUGGGGUUUUGUACUGGAAUAAACGCCGCGUGUUUUCCACGC